UCGUUGCCAAUGUCAUCUGUCAAACUAUUAUUUUGAUAUCGAGCGAACAAAAGUUCACUACGUUUAUUAAAAAUGUCGAAUUCAAUCGCCAAAAUACUGGCCCUAGAUAAAAUAGGCACAUUUUUCAAUAUUAUUCGACAGAAUGGCGGUAUUCGUGCGUCUCUGUACAAGUUGUACAGACAAGAUGAGCUGAAAGACGGGAGGCUGGUGGGUGAGGAUCAGUUUGGCAACAAGUACUACGAGAACCCGCGCUACUUCUACAGCAGGAACCGAUGGGUCGAGUACUCGGACAAUUUCAACAUGAACUACGACGGUAGCCAAGUCCCCCCUGAAUGGUUUGGAUGGCUCCAUUAUAAAACUGAUCUUCUUCCCCACCAGGACCCAAGCAGACCAAAAUACAAAUGGAUGAUGGAGUAUUCGGAAAAUAUGUCGGGAACCACAGGCCAGUAUGUUCCAUACAGCACGACAAGGCCUAAGAUCGAACCCUGGGUCCCUAAACCUAAGAGCGACGUAUAGAGAUCAAUAAAUAAAUAAAAACUGUCUUUCAUUUCUUUCGUAUUCAUUGCAACGUCAAAACGAUGAAAAAUAAUAAAAUUGUCAUGAUUUUGAAAUUAUUUAAUACUGUACAGGACGAAAAAUGUAAUUUUUGUUUGCUUAAUAGUUUAGCUGUAAGUAGAAAAUGAAAUAAAUCUUGUUAUAUUAA